AAUGCGUCUGUUAGGAAGAGGUUUUUACACCCUUAUAAAGAAUGUUUUGUUCCCCUCUCCGACCGAUGUGAGACCUCACCUCUUGAGAUCUUCAAUGGCUAGUUACAUGUUUGUUUGACAAUUGUUGAAAUGUAGUGUAGGCAUCGUCCUUUUCUUGAUAAUUGGCUGUUUUUGAUCGGACCAUCUCUUGAAUUGAGAUGUUCUCGACUCUGCACCGUUCAUGAGUUCGUUUCGUUUCUUUACUCCCUUGUUUAUGAUUGUCUUUGUAUGUUAUGUUAGCUUGAUAGGUAAAAUCUUUCUGAUGCGGUUGGUUUUUCUGUAUAAUACUUUUCUCUUACAAAAAUCACCGACAACUUCGAAUAUCAAGUGUUUUAGAUCUGAGUUGCCCUGAAUCCUUCUUUUUCUUUACACACAACUGUACAAGCCUUUCAUGUUUGUUGUUAAUGUUCAUCUGUGCCAGCGUAUUGCUUUUCUGGUAAGCCUACAUGGGAAACAAACCCGCGAAGCAAUCAGGAGGAAGGGAUGAAAUGUUGAAGAUAGUACCUCCUUUGGACCAAGCAUAUAUUAGGUGGCUCGCACGGGAUCUCGAGAGGAUUCAUGGCUUCACCCCAAGAAACCCUCGUGCCGUGAAGCCUCCCGAUCACUACAUAGAGUUCAUGCGCUUGAACGGAUGGUUGGACGUGAGUUUAGACGAUCCUGAUCUCGCACGGUUACUCAAAUAGCCUUCUCUUGCAACUUGAAAGUGUACCAAUGUCAAGUUUUGUGUAUCUUCUGCCAUUUGCCAUUUGAGGUAAUUCUGUUUAUAUCAAACAGUUGCCGGUUAGCAAUGUCUGAUAACGAGGAAUUAUGGAAUAAAAACUGUGUGGUAGCCCAACUUUCACAUCAGACUGAUGUUUGUAAUGCCAUACUUAUCUCCAUGGAUGAACUUUCAAGAUUUUACUG